AAGUUGAGUGUAGAGGAAGAGAGAGGGAGGUGGGAGUUGGUGGUGGGGUGAUGGCUGAGUUUGGGAAAUGUAGAAACAUAAAAGCCUGCCUGCCACAUCAAAUCUCACCCCAAACAUGGCAAAGCUUAGGAAUUGACCAUACUUUUCCCAUUCCCAUCUGCCCUUAUAUUUCUCUCUCAAAUACUCUUUCUUAUACACACAGGCUGAACAAGCAGCUUUGUCGCAUGGGGCGCCAGAAAUGAGUCUCAUCAGACUUGUGCUUUCCACUACUAUGACCAGAUAUCUCCCUCUCUACGCUCUAUUCUCCUUCUUCUUAUGCUUCUUAUGCUUCCAUGGAUUCUUCUCUGCAAAUCACCACUCUUCUUCGCUUUCAGACAUCAAAUUUCUAUUCAAUCUUAAAGCUGAUGCCAAUCACUUCCUCAAGAAUUUGGCGCAGAAUAUAGAGAAAAGCAAUAUGUUGGAGAUAGGUGGAGGCCGAGUGAGAGGAAGCAGCAUAGGGCCGAGAAGGCUACUACUGGGGGGUCCUGGGUCAUCUCCGCCGCGUUGCGCGUGGAAAUGCGGUGGAUGCAUGCCGUGCAAGCCGGUACAUGCGCCGGUGCCACCAGGGGCCCGAGUGACGACGGAGUACUACCCGGAGGCUUGGAGGUGUAAAUGUGGCAAUAAAUUGUACAUGCCCUGACUAGCUACUGCCCUUCGGUUAAUUUGCCAUUAAUUGAACGUCGAUCUACUUUGAUUAGUUUCUACUAAUAUAUUUAUUUUCUUAGAAGCAAGAGGAGGAUAUAGUAUUACUAUUAAUUAUUCAAAUCACUGUAAAAAUUUGUCGUCGCCAUAUAUUAUGUACUUAAUUAUUUUACGUUGCUAGCUACCUA